GCCGCCCGGCUUCCUCCUCCUCGCACUCGCACGCAAGGACGCCUGAGGAGAGCGCGUGUCUCUCCGCUCCUCUUUCUUUCUUUUUUUUUAACUGUCACUUUCUCUUUUUAAGUUGGAGAAAUUUCCAACAAGGCUUUUAACCUUUACUUCGUUUUUAUUAGUUUAUUUCCGCGGCUUUUUUGUGCUAGUUUUAACCCCUCGGCGGACUGGACUCCUGUCAAGCGAUCCAGUGUAAACAGUUUCAGUGUUCCUUUGCCUCAUGAAAGCACCAAACAGCCACCACGCUCCAACCCAGCGGUUUCCUUCUCUCUGGUCCUGUUGCUACAUAGCCUAGUGUGAUGGUGCCAGGAUGGAUGAGGCGCAGAAGUACAAACACCGUCUGGAGGCCAUUGCUGAGAAGCGGCGGCUGCAGGAGGAGCAGGAGCGAGCCAAAAGAGACAUGGAGGACGAAAAACUGAGAGUACAGCAGCUCAAGAGGAAGUCCUUGAGGGAUCAAUGGCUGAUGGAGGGAGCUCCUUUGUCUCCUUCCUCCCUGGAUUCCCAAAGCCCACGCACUCCUCCAUGGGCCUCUCCGGAGGUGGGAGAGAACAGGUCCCACGGUGUGCAGGUUUCAGAGGGAGAUGAGGAAGAAGAGAUCGCAGUGGGCCAAACGGAAGCAGUGGAAAUGGAAGAGGAAGGUGUGGAAAUGAUGCGAGGUGCAGUUCUGCAGAAUAGAGACAACAACAACAUGGAGAGAUCAGGGAAAGUUGAGGGUGACGUGAAGGCGUGUCAAAUCUCAGCGCGGGACGAAGACGCAACAGUCAAUGGUCAAGGUGACUUGAAGGAAGGAGAUUUGGGACCCCACGAUGAGGCUUUGGAGCUUUGGAACUCUCAGGCCGGCACCACAAAUGGACCGAGCGAGGAGGUACUAGUCGACAUUUCAACAGAGCUGGAUGAAGGGGUGGUGGUCAUGAGAGCCGAACGAGUCAUCAUCUUGGAUGAUGAUGAGGAGGAGGAGUUAGAAGAAACCGCACAGACAACUACAGAAUGGUCAGGAGAGACCGUGGAGGAGAUGGAAGGAGGUCUGGAAGCCUCUGUAGAAUCGGUGGAGAUUGAGGCAAAUGCGGGGCAGCAAUCAGGAACAGAAGGAGACGAUGGCGAGUAUGAGACUCAAGCGCAGGACAACGAAAUAAAGGUUGAAGCAUCCGUGGUGGUGACGCAAUCACCAGUCAUCCCUCUAGAGGGCGCCACAGUGGCUCCUGUGCCUGAGUACGCUCAGUCGGAGGCUCCUCAAGCCGAAGGAGAAACCCCAGCAGAAGAAGCAACACCGGAGGAAGCUGACACGUCUUCCCUAAAAGCCCCAGAGGAGUGCUUCGACUCUCAGUUCCACGAGGUUCCCCUGAGCGAUACUCUGGAGAACCACAGGACUGAAGCGGAACCCGGCGAGCAGGAACCUCUCCUGGAGGAGGUCCAAGCUGCAAACGUGCACAAGGCGGAGGUGGCCGAGAGCCGGCCGGCUGGCGCGCACACACCUGGAGACGCCAUGGAGGCACCUAAAAAGAAAAGCUGCCAGUGCUGCUCUGUCAUGUAAAGCCAACAAAAAUAUUGACACUUUUUUUUUACACAGUAUAACAGUAACAAUACAAUAUGAUUCCACUUAUACAGUGUGCAGUUUAGAAUUGAAAUACCUUUAUUACACUCACUUUGUUGAGCUCAUGCCCUCUUUCAAUGACCUAUUUCAAGUUUUUUUUAAGUCAUUUCUUUUUUACAGUAUUAAUAAAUCAUGGAAGUGAGUCAUAACUAUGAAACAUCACGAAGGACCACCUGUAUACAGGCGGCACAUUAUGUCACUGUAGUGCUCAUAAAUACAAGGAACUCCUACGGAUCCAUUGAAGGUGCUAUUAUAGAAUACAGCAUAUGAAGUCAAAGGAUUAAACACACAUCCUAACGUUCGUGUUGUAUUGCGUAUAAUGUUUUUAAAUUCAAUUGGAGCCAAAGUUACUUUUUGCUACUAUUUUUAUUCCGCAUUUUGUCUGCACACUUCUUUUUUUUUACCCUUUAAAAUGUCUUCAAAGUUUGGCAAACAUUUUAGUUUUUUCACAAAACCAACAUUUUAGGGGCAGUGCGAUGAAAAAGGUGUUUUAUCAAUAAAAAAAAAUGUACAUAUAUAACUAUUCUAAUGUAAAUAAUAAAUUGUUACUUUAAGUGAUGCAGAGCAGUUCAGAGAUAUUUUUUCUAAUUAGGAGGCGUAAAAGAUGAAUUAUUUAAUAGAUGUAGGAAUGACUAAUGUGUUUUUAAGAGAUAGAUGGCCCAAAUAUUUGGGUUGACUUCAUGAUACAGGCUGCGUGUAUUCAUUUAUAUGAAAACCAAAGUCAUGCUUCAACAUCUCAUGUAAUGAAUUAACAUGUAUGAUGUUUUUUUUUUUUUUUAUAAUUUAACCAAACUGAAGAGUUUUUUUGUACAUAUUUAUACUGAAUGUAUAAACCUAGGUUUGAAGUUGUAGCAGUUUUUGAAAUGACCCAUGGUUUAAUGAUUAAACUGACGUUUGUCAUGUA